AUGGGGGAGAUUAAGGUUAUACUAACAGCCAGGAAAACUUUAAUAGAGUUUGACAAUAAACUUUGGGCUAGAAAGGACACACCCAACUUGUUCGAUAUCACAAUGGGAUCGCCGGACUCAGCGGAGGUGACUGAUCUAGUUGGGAUGUAUCUAUUAGAUAACUUUAGUAGGGAAUUCCCUGAAUUGAAAGGUGGAUUAUACAGGGAUGACGCCUUAUUUUGUGUUAGGAAUACAUCAAAUAGGAGAUUAGAUCUUCUGAAAAAAAGAAUAAAUAAAUUUUUUAAAAGCUUCGGCCUAUCCAUUAUCAUUGAAAGUGAAAACUAUUCUGCAAAUUAUUUAGAUGUUAAUUGUAAUAUUACUAAUGGUUUACAUGAACCCUAUAUUAAACCUAAUUCUAACCUAAUAUACAUUAACCGUUCAAGUAAUCACCCCCCUCAAAUUAAAAAUGCACUAGUGAGGAGCAUUAGUCAGAGAAUUUCUAGUUUAUCCUCAAACGAGGAAAUUUUUAACAAACACUGUGAUAGAUACAAUGCAGCAUUGCUUAAGGCAGGAUAUAAAAGUAAGAUUUGGUUUAUACCUAAGGGGAACCCCCCUAAUGGAGGUAGAACUAUCAGGAACAACAUAAAUAGAUUUAGGAUAUUCAACAAUAUGCAUAAGAAUUGUAAAAAUGGAAUAUAUGAUAACACCUAUAAUAAAUGUAGAAGUGAUGUUAACCUUGGAAAGGUGAACGGUAGCUCAAAUAGAUCUAAACAUACGGGUAAUAGUAGGAAUAUUAAUAAUAAUAUACGAAUUAAAACUUAUGGUAGACAUGAUAAUGGUAAAGUUUACUUGCGCAAUAACCAUGGUAAUAUUGAUAUAGAUAGAUAUAACAAUGACAGUGGUAAGAAUAGUAAUCCUAUGAGUUGGUCUACAAAUAGGAUUUUUACAAAUAACAUUAAUUCUAUAGGCAAUCCUAAUUCUGAUAAGGAUACUCUUUGGUUGAUUAUCCCAUAUGCAAUGCAGAUUAAAACAAACAUAAAAUAA